GAUCCUCCGUCUUCCACAAUGAACCCUGUUUACAGCCCCGUGCAGCCUGGGGCUCCUUAUGGCAACCCUAAGAACAUGGCUUACACGGGUUACCCUACAGCUUACCCGGCAGCAGCCCCUGCCUACAAUCCCAGCCUGUACCCAACCAAUAAUCCCAGUUAUGCUCCAGAAUUUCAGUUCCUGCAUUCAGCUUAUGCCACCCUGCUGAUGAAACAGGCCUGGCCACAGAACUCGUCUUCCUGUGGCACUGAAGGCACCUUCCACCUCCCAGUGGACACCGGGACCGAGAACCGAACUUACCAAGCAUCCUCUGCGGCUUUCAGAUAUACUGCGGGGACACCAUACAAGGUCCCACCAACCCAGAGUAAUACUGCUCCACCCCCCUACUCCCCAUCACCCAACCCCUAUCAGACGGCCAUGUAUCCAAUCAGAAGUGCCUACCCCCAGCAGAACCUGUACGCACAGGGAGCCUACUACACACAACCAGUGUACGCUGCUCAGCCCCAUGUCAUCCACCACACCACGGUCGUCCAGCCCAACAGCAUUCCCUCUGCCAUCUAUCCAGCUCCUGUUGCUGCCCCUAGGACCAACGGUGUGGCCAUGGGCAUGGUCGCGGGCACCACCAUGGCAAUGUCAGCAGGUACCCUGCUGACUACACCCCAGCACACUGCGAUUGGGGCACACCCUGUCUCCAUGCCAACUUACAGGGCCCAAGGAACCCCUGCAUACAGCUACGUGCCCCCGCACUGGUAAAGCCUACAUCCUAUCCAAAUCUGGAGUCACACAUUGUAUGCAACUACUCAUGUCUUACACCGGUGCUGGAGCAGCUCCCUAGCAGCACCACCUCUAUUUGCAAGAAGAGAUGAACGGAAGUGCAAGGGUCACUUUAUGCAUCUUUAAUGGUUUUGGUUUUUAUUUUUGGUUUUGUAAAAGCUGCUUUUUCUAAUAUCCUGCCUCUCCCCCUUGCCCUCUCUUAGCUGCUUCCAGCUCUAUGUCCUUCUCCUUCCUGACCAGGCGACAUCCCCCCUACACUUUUCUUCCCCAAGUGUCCUGUCCUCAGGAUCCCAGUCUAGUGGCAAGCAGACAGUGAGUUUGUUGCAAUGGUUCAGCUGAAGGCUGGGCUUCCCUGGUAAACCAUAAACAGAUUUGGCCCUCAGGUCUGGAUAGGAACUCAGAGCUGCUGAACAGGCCACAUCUCUGGGCAAAUUGUUUCCUACCUGGUUUUUCUUAAGAUAAUUCAGGACAUUAUCAUGUCGACAAAUGACAUGGUGAAAUGUCUUCUGAGAACCAUCACAACAAACCAAGAAUAAAACUAUCUGAUUAUAUAGGAGCUACAUUCGCAGCUUCAUACCCUAGGCUGAGAACCUGGGAAAACAGUCUUUGGGAGAAUUUGGGGAAGGGUAUGAGCGGGGAGGGCACUGUGGGCAAGGAGAGUGAAGAAGGGGAAAGAGGUCCUUGCCCUGAUGGCUUUGGUUUGAAAGGUCUCUGGCCAUAAUGUUUGGGCCUGGACCUUCUGAUUUGCACAGCGAUGUUAACUGACCUGAUACUUCCUCACAAGGUGAUUUUGACUUCAGACCUGCCAAGCAGCUGCAGGGUGGCGGUAUCCCGGUGUUCUGAGGCCUUGCAAGGCCAGGCACCCUGCAUAAUUCAGACCUCGGCCUCUGAGCCCUCGUGGACCCACUCUGAUGAGGGGCUUCCUCCUGAUUAGAGUGGGGACUUGUGACAUUUCUCUCCCAUUCCCUUCUGCCCUUCUCCCAGUGCCAGGGGUCACCUGUCUGUGUCUGUCUGUGAGGCUGACAGGCAGGCCAAGCUCUUGGCUACCUUGUGCCACUCACAGCCAAAGUGAAGGAAUCACAUUCCAGGUGGAUGCUGGCAGCUCUGAAGGUCAGGAUAGUGAAGGAAAAGCAAUAGCAAUAAACAUUUCAUAGACUCAUGGAACUGAAGGGACCUUAGCAAUCAUCUCAUCCAUUUCCCUAUUGGACACAUGAGGAGAUUGAGGCUGAGAGAAGAGAAAAAGACUUCCCUAGAUCUCACAGUAAAUUAGCAUUAAAUGCAGCCUUCCUACCUAAUGGCAUGUUGCCUACAAAAAUGUACCUAGGGAUGGAUUGGCUUGGUUUUUAUAAAAAUUAAGUCAUCAGCGCCCACACCUGGUAAGCUCCGGAAUGACCUCUAGGCUCUUGUUUGCUUUUUGCCCCCUUGGACUGCAGAGGUGGUGGGUUUGAAGAUGGGGCAGAGGCCAUAUGGGGGCAGAUGGCAGGAACAGAAAUUGCAAAUGAAGAAAUAGCAUUUGGAAAUUCUGUGAAGACAUCUGGAACUUCAUCCUGUACCUGGCUCCACCCCUAGGAAAAGAAGCAGAUGGGCUGGCAGAAAAGGAGAGGCCAUGCUUUUAGGACAGUAGCCCCUCAUCCUGAGAAGAGAGGAAGAAAGGGGGAAGCAUCAGGAGAGGAGCACAAGGAUGAGGCCCAGCAGACAUGGGCUCAUCUGGGAGAAGAGGGACCCCUGGGACAAGAAGGCCCUUGCUAGUCUCACAGGAGCCUGGAUUACCCAGCACUACCCUUCUGUACCCAGCACUUAGCUGGGCCAGCAGCCCCUCUGGGGUGGGGCAGGAACAUUUUACUGUACAAAAUGGGAUCACUGACAACAUGUGGGACUUCUAAAUAACUAUCUUCAUUUUAAAUUCGUGUAAACUUGGACAUGCCUUCCCCCUACCUCCCAUGUUCCCCGAAUGGAAGAAAGACAUCGGGAAACCUUUGGGCUAGAAAGACCUUGGAAGCUGUCUGGCUGUUCCGAGGGGGUCAGAGCCCAUCCACAUCCUUGGCCUAGAGUUGGGAGUUGGGGAGCCCACCUUCCAAGGAACUACAGGACGAGUAAAAGAAAACACAGCUGUUAUGAGUGGUCUUUUUGGGGGUACUGGUGAGGUUUCAUUUUAAAACAACAAAGUUUGCCAGUGUUAACAUUUUUUUUUUUUUUGGCAAAUACCUCUUGCCACCCUCUUUGAUCUUGUAAAGGUGGGUGAAGGCUGUUCUAGAUUAUGUCAUAUGUGUUUGAAAAUGCCAAAAUAAUAAUAGUGAUAAUAAUAA